CUCUACGACCUCAACAUCGCCUGGUCCCCCGCCACGCCCACCGACCGCCUCCUCCAGACCCUCACAACCGCGCACUCCCUCGGCUACACCACCGUCGCCCUCAACCACACCCUCGAGCUCCCCUUUCCCGCAAACCCCACAGCGCCCUUCCCAUCCUUACCCUCCUCCUCCUCCUCAACAUCAACAUCAACAUCCUCCUCCUCAUCAACAUCAACAUCAACAUCCCCAAAGCCCCUCCCCCACAUCCUCCACCGCGCAACCCUCCCCCUCGCCGACCCCUCCGCCUCAAACUACCGCCUCCCCUCCCUCACCUCCGUAUACGACAUCCUCGCCAUCCGGCCCCUCACCGAAAAGGCCUUCCAAAACGCCUGCCUCACCCUCGACAUCCCCCUCAUCUCCCUCGACAUGGCCCAGCACUUCCCCUUCUACUUCCGCCCAAAGCCCUGCAUGGCCGCCGUCGCCCGCGGCGUCCGCUUCGAGCUGUGCUACGCCCAGGCCCUCAGCCCAAACGACGCCCGCGCCCGCGCACACUUCAUUUCGAAUGCCACCAGCCUCAUACGCGCCACCCGCGGCCGCGGCAUCAUCAUCAGCAGCGAGGCGAAAUCCGCGUUCGGGUUGCGCGCCCCCGCCGACGUCGUUAACCUCUUCAACGUCUGGGGCCUGCAGAGCGAAAAGGCAAUGGAGGGCCUGCGCACGAUACCCCGCAGCGUCGUCGUCAACGAGGGCCUCAAGAGGGACGGCUUCAGGGGCGUCAUCAACAUCGUCCAGGUGGCCAAGAAGCCCGCCGCCGUCGGGCGCGAGCAGACAGACGACCAGUCCUCGGCGGCGGAACAAGGCGGCAAGAGGAAGAACCAGAAGCGCAAGAAUGGCGCCGAGGAUGCCCAGCCUGUUAGCAAGCGGGGGGCUAAGAAGAUGAAACUGGCGGCAAGGGCAGCG